CAACUUACAAGGAAGUUUUCUGGUACUCUCCUGCCCAUAUUUAUGCGUAAUCUUGGUCCCUGGCCUCCGUCCGUCUUCUCCUCCACAGAAGUAUAAGAGACCCCUCUCUCUCUCUCUCUCUCUCUCUCAAGCAAAGUGGGAGACGAAGAGAAAGCAUUAGUUCAUGCAGUUGAGAUUAUUCUGGAUCUCAAACGGCAGCCUCAGGUAUUCUGGGUCCUCAUAGCCUCCCUGAAAGGGAGAGGAAACAUAUAACAACAGAAAGCCUUUGAGACUGCCUGAACGAGGAGGCACCGGGAUGAUGGAUGUGGAAGGGCAGCAAGACCACCACCCCAAGGGCCCUCAAACGAGCAAAUGCCUGAAGAGGGCCCUCGUCGUCCUCAACUGCCUCCUCCUGUCCGUCGGCAACACCGGCGGCCCGCUCCUCUCCCGGGUCUACUUCCGCCACGGCGGCCACCGCCAGUGGCUUUCCAGCUGGCUCGAGACCGGCGGGUGGCCCCUCAUCCUCCUCCCCCUCUCCAUCUCCUACCUCUACCGCCGCCGCCGCCGCCUCGCCCCCGACAACCACCACCACCCCACCAAGCUCUUCUUCCUCACCCCUCGCCUCUUCCUCGCCUGCGCCGUCCUCGGCCUCCUCAUCGGCGUCGACGACUUCCUCUACGCCUACGGCCUCUCCUUCCUCCCGGUCUCCACCUCGGCAUUACUCAUCUCCAGUCAACUGGCCUUCACGGCCUCCUUUGCCUUCCUUAUUGUGAAGCAAAAGUUUACACCUUAUUCUAUAAACUCUGUUGCGUUGCUGACUGUGGGGGCGGUGAUGCUGGGCCUCCACACCAGCUCGGACCGGCCGGAUAACGUGAGCGAAGGGCAGUACUUGACGGGGUUCUUUCUGACGCUGGGGACGGCGGCGCUCUACGGAUUGAUACUGCCGCUGGUGGAGCUGACUUACCGGAAGGCGAGGCAGGUGAUCACGUACACGCUGGUGAUGGAGAUGCAGCUGGUGAUGGGGUUCUUUGCCACAGCUCUCUGCACCAUUGGAAUGCUGGUAAACAAGGACUUUGAGGUUAUUCCAAGGGAGGCAAGGCAAUAUGGACUAGGGGAGGUUAAAUACUAUAUGGUGCUCGUCUGGAGCGCAAUCUUGUGGCAGUGCUUCUUCUUGGGCACUGUAGGAGUAAUCUUCUGUGUCAAUACCUUGCUUGCUGGAAUUAUCAUUGCAGUUUUCAUUCCCGUGAUCGAGCUCUUUGCUGCCAUCCUCUUACACGAGAAGUUUACCAGCGAGAAGGGCGUUUCCCUGGCCCUCUGCCUUUGGGGUCUAGCUUCCUACUCUUAUGGAGAAUACAGGGACAAAAAGAAGAAGGAAGCAGCUCUUAAGGCUCAAACUACUGGAAUUACAACGGGCAGUUAAGGCAAGAAUAAGCAUGAAUUUAUUUGUUCUUUCUUGUUUCCAGUGCAAACGUAGCACAAAAUCUUCGCAGUGAAGACUUGAAACAGGGUGCAGGGGGCAUGACAUCACUCUCUGGAUGGUAUGUGAAUCACUUAUUUGUGCAGUCCUAGAAUUGUAUGAGCUUGACGUUUCCAUAUUUAAUUAAGCUUAUUGAAAAUGAUAUGAAAAAUUAGUGAAUUAAUUGUAUAAAAAAUAAACAAGAGGGUGUGCAGGGUUUUGGUUAAAAAGUCAAGUUUGGGUGAUUGGCAUGUUACUUUCUUUCAUGGGUUACCUUUGAAAAAUUUUAAGUUUAAUGGAAUGACCAUGAUAAUUCUAGAGCUAUAGAAUA